AUGACACACCCCCGCGAGGUGACUUGGUCCGACCCGCAACUCUCCCCGCCGGCCCGUCCGGAUGGUGCCGCCCACGCUGGGCUCGCCGUGCGCAGCGGGAAUAUGGCGGCGCCCAGGUCGGCGUGGGACGGGUGGAAUAUGCCCUGGAACCGGCUGGACGUGCCCUGGCCCGCAAACAGCGCCGCGGUGCUGCUGGAGGCCCAGCACCCCGCAGUGAGGUUGCUGUCGGCGCUGCGGCGGCGAUGCGACAUCGCCGGAAAGCGGCUGUCGGGGCCGGGCCUGGCCGCCGAGGAACGCGUCGUGCGCGCCAUGCUCUACGUGUACCACACCAGGUUGCUCCGGCACCGGCCCUACCUGGCCCUGCAGCAGGUAGAGCAAUGUUUGAAGCGCCUAUGGAAAAUGAAUCUGGUGGGCUGCCUGGAAACUCUGGUAGAACUGAUUCCCAAGAAAAAUGCAUCCAAAGCCUAUGCAGAGUGCUUGGUUCCCAGCCAGCCUAUGCUGGAAACAGUGGCUUUGAAGGUAUUGGGAGGCUGCAAGCUCAUACUACGUCUACUGGAUUGCUGCUGUAAAGCUUUUCUCUUGUCCAUUAAACACCUCUGCUCCAAGGAAUUCAUACUCCUGAAUACUGUGGCUUCAGGGCUCCUGAGCCGACUCUGGAUUCAGUACAGGUGUGUGUUGGAGACCCUCAUGUCGUUGUACAGUGUCUUGUCGACAGUGCUUCAUCUGGUAUCUGAGACCCAACAGACCCCUUAUAUCAAGGGAUUUACCUUCCCUUCUGAUAUUGGUGACUUCCUUGGAGCUAACAUAUAUUCUGAGGCAAAGAAGCAAAAGGCUGAAAUGCUUACAGCAAAAAAAUCUACCUGCUGGAUGAAGAAGCUCUUCCCAGCAAUGCCUGAGGCAGCAUCAAAGGUUGGGGAAAAAUCAGAUACCUGUGCAAGUGGUGUUAAAAACCAUAGCAUCCCAUGUGCCGUGGACAUUGGAGAGACAGUUGUGGUGCCCACAGCCAGGAGAGGAAAGCACCCAGGGUUUGACGUGAAGAGCUUGUUUAGGCCAGCCAGACAUUCAACACAAGAGGGUCUAAGCAUUGCAUCAAUACCUUUUAAAGCAAAGUCAUCACCACUUUUGUCUCGAAUUGCAAAAUCACAGCACACUGAACCUCUUGUACAGAUGAUUCAAAAAGCUGCAUCAUUUGGGGAGCUGUCAGAGGCACUCAUAAAAGCUAUUCUGUGGUGCAAAAACAACAAAUUAAAAUCAGAAGCUUAUUUUCUGCGUAACAAGUUGUUGAAAAGCAACCGGCUGCACCAUGUCGAGGCUCAAGGAUGCAGCUUGAAGAAAAAGCUUCGCUGUGUAAAAAUAUCUGUCUGUAAAUACCUACUGUACGGAUCACAACACAUGAGCUGGCCAAGGCAGCCACUCAGGGCACGGUUCUGCCAAAGGAGGAUCAGAUCAUCUGAACUCUUGAAGACAGGUCUAAAGACUGGUGGGCAAAAGCCUCCUGAGCUUUUUGGGGUCUGUGAGAGCAGUGCAUCACUCAUCCUCCCAGCUUACCAGGAUGGGUCUCCAAGUCAGGAAGAACAUUCCAGGAUUGAUAUAGGACACAUCAGACAAAGCACAACAGGAACCCCUAAGCAGCUGCUGCUUGAAGGAAGUCCUGGCCCAGUAUGGAAAGAAGCUGAGAACACAGAUAUUGAUUCUAUUUUUGCAGCAAUAGGUGUCUGA